AUGGACCGAAAAUACAAACCGAUUCGACCAGCAUUCCCCAGCGCGACUCCUGCCAGCGAUGCCGAUUCGGGGACCAAGAGUUCCAGUAACGACUCCAGCCAGACCAACACACUCUUAUCACGAAAACGGAUACAAGUCAAGGUCGCAUGUGAUGCGUGCCGCGCCAAGAAGUCAGCCUGCGAUGGGAGGCGCCCUUGCGCCGCCUGCGAGCGUCGAGGAUCUAUAUGCACCUUUGUCAGACGCGGUAUCGAUUCUUCGGAUUCCUCUCCGUCCGCGCCAGGGGCUGAUCGAAACGCGGAUGCCAGUGAGCUUCUCGGGCUGUUGAUUUCAGUGCCGCCAACUACGGCUGCCGGCUUUUUGGAGGAUAUCAAAGAGCAGGCCGACACCUCCUCCGCGUUGGCUCAGAUACAACAGAGGCGCGAUGUCCCCGGUAGAGUGGAGAUAUCGCAACCGCUGGUACCACCAGAGCAGGGAGACGUCGAAUUCGAGCUCAUGUGUCGCCAACCGAUCAUGUAUCCACCACUGGUUGCCCUCGAUCUCACUCUAGACCCGACCAUUGUCAGCUCGAAGAAGCGGUCGCGGGACCCGAGUGACGAGGAUACUACUGCAGUACCGCCAAACGAAGCUUCAUUCUCGAUCGACCCCCGAGUUGGCGCCGUUGACAUGGCCGUGUGGACAAAGGUGCUCGUGAGCAACGAAGAUGCCGCCCAGGCCUUGGCUUGGUACCUGGAGACCGACCAUCCCGUGUUGGCAUUGUUCGAUGCGGAUUUGUUUCUAGAAGAUCUGAGCAGCUACAGCACGCGCUUUUGCACGGAAUUCAUGGUCAAUGCUCUUUCAAGCUGGGCGUUCAUGUCGAGUCUCGCCCACGCAGGGGGUCUUGGCGAGUCCUUCUUCUUGGAAGCUACUUGCAUGUGGGAGCGCGGGGAGGAGGUCGACAGUCUGCUCACGGUAGCAGCGUUGCAAUUCGUCAGCCUCACGGCAGAUAUUCUCGGCAAAGGGCACCAAGCUCUCGAAUAUCUGCUUCACGCGAUCCAGAUGGGUCAAAGACUAGGGCUGUUUGACGUCGUAGCUCCCGCUAUCACGGAUCCGUCGGACUUCAAGGCAGCGUGUCAAUGCGCCUGGGGACUGUUCUCGUACGCCAGCCCAGCCUGGCAGCUCGCCCAGACAGGCUCCCCAGUACAAGAAGCUCGGCACCAGAGUGCCAUCUUCCCUUAUUUUGCACACCUUUGGGCUAUCAUCCAAGGGAUCGUCUCGCGGUACUGCUCGGUUGAUCUGUUGACUGAGCAGUUGGAGCCCAACCACCACUUUGUCAGGUCCACGAUGCAACGUCUCCUGCACUGGGGGGCGCAACUGCCGCUGUCGGUUGUCCGUGGCAACCGUAUCACGCACCAAGGGAUCACGCUGCACAUCAUCUUCCACUCGGCUGUGCUCUUCUGUCUUCGACCCCUGGUAUCGGAAGGCAACACUGACUCGUUAAUUCCCGAUAGCGAGACAUUGUGCACUGCGCACGAGAUCAGUAGGGCAUCGGCCAACCAGCUGCGACGGCUGGUCACCAUCUACCAGUCACAAUUUGCCCGAAACACCCUCUCCAUCCUGUGGCAUACUGGCUGCCUAUAUCUAGCCAACGCAGCCAUGCCCUCCUUGACAGGACAGCCGGCCCAAGUGUCUGAUCUACACCUUGCGCUAGCAGGCUACCGGGCUCUCUACCCACAAUAUCCGGUGGCCCUGACGAUAUACAAAACAACCAUGGAGAAGAUCCAGCACAGGCAGACGGGCGAUACCUCCCCACUCCCUCCGUCAGACCCUUCGACGACUUGCCUCAUCGUCGACCUCGACUUGGCCUUGACGGACCAGGCCAACGCCCGGAUCGACCGCGUCACGCAAAAGUUUGAUGACAUGGUCAUGUUUGACCAGUUCACAGUCAACCGCACAGACGCGGACGGUGGGGUGGCUAUACACUGA